UCCUCUUCCUCCCUCUCCUCGCAGCAGCAGCAAGCAAGUGCACCACCAAGCUAAGCUCUGCUCAGCAUUUCACUCCAAAAUCACCUACACACACAUACCAUGGUGGCAUCGGUGGCCUGCUCCUUCUUCUUCGACGACGAGCUGCUCGGCGAGCACCGCACGGCGGCGAUGGACGCAUGCUCGCUCUGCGCCAAGCCGCUGGCGCGCGACAGCGACGUCUUCAUGUACAGAGGAGACACGCCCUACUGCAGCGAGGAGUGCCGCCACGAGCAGAUGCACCUCGACGCCGUCUGCGCCAAACAGGCCGCCCGGAGGCAGCAGAGAUUCUCGGCGGAGACGGAGUCCCACCGUGGGCAGCGGCAGUCCAGGAAGGUGUCCGUCGCGAGCUAAGCGGCCGGCCUGACCGGCGAAAGUUUUGUUUGAAUCGACAAGAUCUGAAUUCUGAAGAAACAACAUCUGUAUUCUGAAGAACCAUCGAUGUCUCCGUCUCACCGGCCGGCGCCCUAGCCUGGACCGGUGGAGGCACCAGAUGCAGCUUGCCGCCGCCUACGGAAGGCAAGGCAGGGCAGCCGGCAGCAGCAUGACGCGGCACGAAGAAUAGGUGCCUGUAGAUUCCCCUAUGUCCAUGCCAAGCUAAUUAGAGCAUCUACGUGAAUUGAUUUGCUUCGAAACGAAAUACAAAAGGCCAUGGAUCUGAAGAAAGCAAUCAAACAUGAUUCAUAGUAUUUCGUUACUUCCUUUGUCUCAAAAUGAGUGCCACUGAUUUAGUAUAUUUUUAUACUAAUUUGUAUUCCCUCAGUUCUAAAAUAUAGCGCGUCCUUG